UACUUUGACUGAGAAGAUCGACCAGUAGAGUCAACAUAUAUGCUUCAUGGAUUCUCCUAGUUCUUUGGUGUUGCUAUUGGUAACAAGCAUCGUCUUGGUUAAGGCUAUUCAGCGAUCGCAAGAAAAAAGACAAGGAAUGUUUGGGGUAGAUCAAGGAAAAGUUUUGCGACGUCACGUAUUUGAAAAACAUCGAUUAACAUCUGCAGUCGAUUGCGGCCGCCACUGCACUGCUAAUGCCCAGUGCCUCUCGUUCAACUACAAAGAAAAAGGGCCUGAUGUCGAGGAUGUUUGUGAGCUGAACAACGCUACCAGAAAAAUAGCGAGUCCUGGACAAGACGAUUCUGAUUCUCGCUACCAACACUAUUACGACCUACGAACUGAGUCCUACAAGUUUCGUUCAUGUCUCGACUAUCUGCGUCAAGGAUCAACACUGAAAGUCAUCUACACUAUCAGAGAGAAUGAUAAAUCCUACAAAGUCUGGUGUGAUAUGACAUCAGAGCCAGGAUCUUCGUGGACUCUUAUCUUAUCGUUUGCCUUAAAGAACAGAAACAAUCCUGCCUUCUGCUCUCGCUCAUUCCGGGGGGACUCUAAAGCUAACGAUGAUGUCCCAAGAUGGGAAGCCUAUAGAAUGUCACUCAAGACAAUGAAACUCCUCGCCAGCCAAUCAACGCACUGGAGAGCAACCUAGGAAUUUUGGAGUCGACUAUGUUGAUUACAUACGAGGAAAGAUGUUGGAUUCUGAUAUUUUGAGUUUUGAAGGCGCAGGCGUAUGUAAACUCGUAGAGUUAGUUAACAUCCGAGGCCACAGGGGUGUGGCUACUACAGCUAAGU